AUGAGCUAAAAAGACUCCCUUUAAUAACCUCUAAUUUAAGAGGAGGAGAGUAAAACCAUAAUUUUGGGGGAUCGGUCAGGCACAGAAAUGAACAUGGAAUAAAUUGUGAAUGAUAGUGCUUUUGAAUGGGGAUCUACGUCGCCUUUGGAAGAGGAGAAUUAGGUGAAGGUGAUCCCGUUCGUUGCUAAUGAGACAAUAUAAUAUCGUAGGACCCUUGAAAAGAAUAAUAGUAAGGAGCUCAAUAUUUUUAAGAGAUGCUUCAAAGGUAAAAAAUCCUCGAAUCAGGUUACAAUGGCUUAAAUAAUAGACCUAAGAUAGAAGGAAAUAUUUAAGGAUUAUGCUUAUCCAACUCAGAAGAAUGGAUUCCUUAAUGGGAUGUCUUCAUGUAUGGGAAAGCUAAAAGUGCUGGAACCUGAUUCUCGGUUCUAUUUGUAUUGGUAGGUACUAAACAGCAUCUUUGUGGUUUUAUUCUUCUUCCAGAUUCCAUUUAUGCUUGCCUACCAACCCCUCAUAGAUGAGAAGAAGGCUUCGCGUUAUCAAUUCUACGAGGAAUUUUCCUUGUACGUAGGAAUCACAAUCUUUAUGUUGGACAUUCUAUUGUCUUUCAAUAUAGCCUUCUACAAGAAGGGAUAGUUGAUAAGCCACAGGAAAUAGAUAGCCUUCAAUUAUUUAAAGAGUUAUUUCUCAUUGGAUUUAAUACCCUUGUUAUGUUUGAUUUGGUAUAGGUUUUUACUCUUUGAUGAGAAAAAGCUGGGCUUUGAGUAGUUUCUCUUCAUUUUAAAACUUUACGAAGUGAAUAAAACUAGUGAUAUGAUAAAAGAGUACUUGCAACUCGAGCCUUCAAAACAUGCUAAAUAUCGAUUGCUCACUGUAAUGAUGACAAUAAUAUGGUUAUGUCAUCUAUUUGCUUGUCUGUUCUUCGUUGUCGGGAGAAUACAACUGAACAAGAAAGUAGGUAGUGUGUCAUGGUUGAAUAGUUGCGAUGUGGUAACUCUCAAUGGAGGAUAUGAAGACAUGCCGAUUUCAGAAUUACAUUUAUACUCAUUUUAUUGGGCUGUAACAACGAUGAUAUCAGUAGGAUAUGGUGAUGUUACACCUAUGAAUUUCUGGGAGGUUUUUGUGACUGUCAUAACUCAAUUCAUCUCUUGCAUCGUCUUUGCUUAUUCAGUCAAUGCUAUAUGGGAAAUGAUUUACUCUCAGAACGAAAGCAAAUAAAAAUUCCAAAAGUAUGUGAAUGCCAUCUAAAGAUUCAUGGUAGAACACAAUGUGGAUCGAAAAUUGAAGGCACGUAUUGAUGCUUACCUAGUUCAUCUGUGGCAAACCGAAAAGGCCAGAGAUCACGAAUUGGAACAAGCCAUGAUCCUUAAAUUGGCACCUGCCUUAAGAGAAGAAUUGAUCUAUUAAACCUUGGGUAAAAUGCUCACACACAGCAAUUUCUUCUCUUGUUUCUCAUAAGAUUUCCUUAUGGAAUUGGCAUAACAAAUAUAAUAACAAUAUUAUGCCUAAGAAGAAAACAUCUUCCUUCAAGAAGAAGAAACUGAUGAUUUCCCUUUGUAUUUUUUAGAUAAAGGGUAGGUUGAAAUCUUUUUAGACUGUGAGAAAAGAAUUAAGUUACAUAUCAUGAAGAAGGGCAUUUUCGGAAUAAUCGGAUUCAUCACUGGAUACAAAAGAACUGCAUCUGCUCGUUGUCUUACUUAUUCAGUUGUUUACAAACUUUCUAGAGUGGCAUUUCUUAAAUUAUUGGAUAAAUACGAAACUGAUAGACAAAAAUUCUAUGAAAUAAGACACAAUGUCUUAUUCAAUAGUGAUUCCUCGAAGUUAAAGUUGCGAUGUUACAUUUGUGAAAGUAGAGGUCAUCUAGCUAUUAAUUGUAAAAAGAGUCUGUAUCUUCCAAUCAAAGAAUAGGUCAUUUAUUCAACUUUUAAUGUUUAAAAUAAUAGACAACCUUGUUUCAAAAGAAAAAUAGUUAAAUAGUAAUUCAAGGCACUUUCUCAUAUUCGAGAUGUUUAAGUGAAUGCCUAGGCUAUUAAGAAGUACUUCUAGAUUACCACUUUUAAUUUGGAUUCAAAUGAUGAGGAUGAUGAAUACAGCUCAGAUGUAGAUGAUUAUGAGGAGGAGAUUGAAAAUAUCAAGAAGAUUGUUGAAUAGGAAAAGGAGAAAGCAUAAAUGAAAUAGAGAGGACAAUGGUUAGCUGAUGAUAAUUAUGAGAUGAAGAUUGAUGAAAAUAGAGAUAAUUAGAGUGUAGAGUUGUCAGAUGGCUUACGCAAGUCGUCAUUAAAUAUGAAGAAUUCAGAAGAGGAAUAGAAGAAAGUGAAAAAAAAGAAAAAGUUCCAAAGCUUUGCCAAAUUGCCAUUGCCCAAAAGAGUGAGGACUUCAUCAAUGUCUAGUUUGACUCCCAUUCAAGAGUAAGUUAAGAAGGUUGCCAAAGGAUAAAAUUAUGUAUUUCCUAAUAAUGUCCAAGUGCAAAGGAGGAAAAGCAAACUAUUUCAAGGCAAUGAGGUUAACGACUAUUAAAAUGAGAAAAUGCCAUCGCCUGACAGAGCAACAAAUAACGAAACUAAGAAAUAAGAGCUGAUACGGAAAAUGAAAUUUCUGUCUAUUGCUUAGCCUAGGAACAAGGAAGUCUAAUUAAUAAUAGAAGAGUUGAGGACUUACAUCUAGAGUACUUAUGGUAACACCCAACCUCCAAAAAUUGAUAAUGAAUUGAACUCUAAUACCAAUGCUAAUGCUAAUUCUGAUGUGGAUAGCUAAUUUAGUAUUGAUCACAUGGCCAAUUAUGAAUGCUUCUUUUAGGAAGAGAACCCGGAGAAAGUGAUUCGAAAAUAUAAGAAAACAUUUAAAGAGAAAGUGAAAUUGAGGAGAACAACCUUAAUUAGAUAAUAGGAUGAUUGA